AUGCUUUCUCGUGUGCGACCUUGCGCCCCUACUGUCAAGCAGUCGGCAGCUGCGCUCGCCAGAAUUGACCCCGUGUACUACGCAGACCACGUGCGGUACCACGCCGGGCUGGAACCCGCGAGCGAGCAGGCACACGACCUGCGCGAGCUGUACACCGUCUUCGGCAAGUUGACUCACCAGGCAGCUCUUCCACGACAAACCAAGGUUCGCUACUAUAACGAGCUGAUUCGGACGUUUGCGCGAUUGGAUUUCGGUGUCUACGCCUGCACACAGCCGCAUCUGGCCCAAAUCAACGGCAAGCUUGAGCCGAGCACUCUCAAAGAGGUCUUGCUGGCCAAUCCGGGCCGCAGAUGGUCCAGCUACGAGAUCUUUGAGCAACACCGCACCUCGGACCCCGAACUGAAGCACAUAGUGCUGGAGCGGCUUGUUAAUGGCGAAAAGGCUGACACAGAGCCCGAAGAUAUCCAAAUCUCCUUUUUCAAAGCAUACAACAUCCUCAAGCUAGAGGCCGAUAGUUUCGCCGAUCUGGGCGAAGAGUCCCAGAAACGGCUGGUCACCGACUUCUUUGCUCUCGAACUGGAUUCUUAUAUUGCUUCCCUGCCCCUGGACGUGGGUGUCAGAAAACAAGUGCUGGAGCUGCCAAACCUCACGCCCAAACAGCGACUGAGUUUGCUGACGCUCGAUCUGCCGAAUUCGGUGCUUAUCGAGAAUCUCGUGCCGAUUGCCGGCGCGGGAAAGCUCCAAACAUCCGAAAACGAGAAACUCAUGCACCAAAAGCUCGGCUCUCUGCCGCUUCUGGACCCUGAAAAAUGUGCCACCAAAUUAAUCAGUCUUCUCGAGCCUCUACCUCAGGCCGCCGCUGCCAUUGCAAAGGCGCGCGGGUUUUUCCUGAACAAAUCGCAGCCAGUGGCCACCGCCCCGCCGGCCGCCAGUCUGGACGAGAUCAAGUUCCUCAUCGGCGCACACGAGACCGUGCGCACGGGAGCUGCGCCUGUUUUUGUCGAGACGGCCAGUCCCCAGAUGGCGUGCGCAAAAAUUCUGCUGCACGCGUGGACCGGCAGCCAGGACGAGGCGUUGGAUGAGUACAACGCCGCAAUGGCCAGGUGGGGCGCAGAAACUCACGCCAGCAGCCGGCUGGUGUACUGUCUCGUCCUUGCUGCGCUGCUACAAAGUGACGUGCAACUGGCGCAAUACAUCCGCAAAAGAGCGGUCGACGCGGGCCUUGUGACCAAGGACGUGGAUAGACGCGUCUCCGACACGAUGAAAGCCUACGGCGACCUCGUCGAGGAGAAGAAAGAUGUGCGCCAGGGCCUCCGCGACCAAGUGUUAUCCACCCUCGUGCAUUUGGCAGAAACUGUGGAGACGUGA